AUGUCAAAAGUUAAUGGUUUUUCACGUCCGAGUUUGACUUGGCUUGAAAAAAGAGCAGAAGGGUGGUUACAGGCUUACGAGGAUUUCGUCGGUUUAACCGAAGUGAAAGCAGCCCAAAAUAAGGUUAUUGAGUCUGAGAAAUGCUUCCUGGAAGUACAGAAUGAACGCCGAGAAAAAAACCAACAGCUUUUAACAAUACAGAUGAGCCUGAAGCAGAUCAGCAAUGAACUGGAGAAAACCAAUCGUACCGAUGACAAGUACCUGAGUCUACUGACUGAAGAACACACAAUUAUACGCAAUGAGAAAGCCCUGGAAGAGGAACUGCGCAAAUUGGAGAAACACGAAAGGGAGAGCUUUUCAAUGCUUUCAACCUCACUGCGAGAGAGUCACGAGAAAGAACGAGCCCAGGCUGAACGCACCAAAUAUUGGUCAGUGAUUGGCUCUAUCAUUGGAGCAUUCCUCGGAAUAUUGGGGACAACAAUCAACAACAAACUGAAGAUGCGAGAAUUGAGGUCGAUUGUCACUGAUGCCACCACAGACGGAGAAAAACAACGGGUGAUCACAGGCAAGUUGAUGGAUACAUUGAAGGGGCAGGUGUCCUCGAUUGAAUCAUUUGUGUAUGAGUUGAAACAAGCAAUUCUUGCUAAAAAUUCAACAUUGUCUUCUAGUGAUGGUGAACCUUUGUUUCAAUCUCGGCUUCUAGAAGCGACCCCUGCCAAUAACAAUUUGUCGAAACUUGAAGAACAGACUGAUAAGUUGUUGCUGUCGGUUAAAAGGCAGGAUGAGUUUCUCAACGCCGAGCUCGAAUCAAUAAAAAAAUUGCUCUUGGGGCAAAAUCCCAGUGAUGCCAACAAUCAAAAUGUUAUCUAUGUUGGUCCAGAAAUUAACGAACUUUUCGAUAAUGUCAACAGGCGGCUUGAACAGAAAUUGAAACUAAAUUCACUUGUUACUGUCACCGUUGUGUACAGUGCAUUUGCUCUCACUCUUCCUGUACUUUAUGCAAUUUUUGGGAAAAAUUGA